AUGUCCACCACCAUGAGAUCAGAAGGCUACUCCCUAUGGCUCGUCCCCUCCUUUUCGUCGGCGCUGUACACCACCAUCCAGUCCCUCAUCAAUACUAUUCCCUCCACCUACCCUGACACGAAUACCCCGACCUUCAAUCCACACAUAACACUUACCGCCGGCACCAUCCAUUUGGACCACGAUCAAGACCCAGCGGAAUGGCUUGCGCACACAACUUUCUCAGCUGCGCAACAGAAUCUCAAAGUCACGAUCAACGAGCUCCACGUAGGCGAGAUCUUCUUCCAAAAACUCAUCAUGCUCUGUGAGAAGACGGAUGAGCUUCUCGGUCUGGCGAAGGAGUGUCGUAAGCUUGCGACGGGAGAAGGCGAGGAGGACGUGGAGAGCUCCGACCUGCCGCAAAGCGACGUCCAGGCAGUGCUCGGCCAAGUCAAAGCCGAUAUCUGGGAAGCAAGGCGGCCGAACCCGGACUCAACAACCGCCAAAGGCGCAGAGAUCUGGCUUGUGCCCACGUUCACAACAAUAGAAGACUGGACACCUGUAGCGACGAAGGAAUUGCCGGACGUGGAAUGGACUUGGGCCACUUGGGGACGGAUCGAUCAUUAA